AUGGAGGUCCCUCGCGAUGACUAUGAUAUUAGCGUGAUGGUUCGGGCCGUCAAGGAGGUUCAGGAUCUGCUGGUAUCAAAGCAGUUUUCUACGUAUUCAGAGCUUGACAAGGAAAUAUCCAAAAAACUGAAGACCUAUGAAUCACUUGGUGAUGGUUUUGAGCGCUUUCGUGUUCAUUUAACCAAGGACGCUGCGAAUCACCACGACUUGAAAAAGAGUUUGUCAAACAUGAAUGCACGCUGUGAGGCAAGACUAAAGGAUUUUGAGUGUAGUCAAAAGGAUCAAAUCAACGAUAUGCUACCGUUUGUUGGAAGCACAUCUCGUAUCCUGGUUCACGGUUCCGGGGGCUUGCUAGCUGUUGCAAUCGCGUGCGCUAUCCAACAAAGAGAAGGUGUUCACUUUUAUAUUUGUGAGGGUCGGCCUGUUACUGGGAAGUAUCCCAAAGGCACCGGAGCAGCUCUCCUGGAGAAGGCGGCACAGACACAAGAGGGGUUGCGGCUAAAAGAGAAACUGCUGCAGUCCUGCACUAUUAUUCCUGAUGCAGGUGUGGGUGCAGUUAUGAGCAAAGUGGAUUUUGUGGUAACGGGGGCAUACUGUGUCACCGAGCACGGGGGGCUUGUGCACUCCACUGGAUCGCUACAAAUCGCGACAGUUGCGUCUGCUAUGAACGUUCCGUUUUACGUGCUUUGUGAAACAUUUAAGUUUGCGCGUAUUUUCCCCCUUAGUACUGCAGAUCUCAAACAACCAGAAGAAUGCGAGGAUGUUCCCCUUGUGGAGUUUGUCCCCCCGUCUAUGAUUACACUUGUCUUUUCUGAGCAAGGAAUUAUGCCUCCUUCUGCUGUGACAGAUGAGAUGUUCAGGUUUCAUACCGCACGGUUUGCACCUGGAAGACGCAAGUAG